CCGCAACAUUACUUUACCAUUUUCUUCCUCAGAUUCUAAUCUCACCUCAGGACUGAGAAACAUAUCCAUUCUCUGUGUGUUCAUACAUACAUACGGAGUGGAGUAUCUCUUUCUUCUUCGGGUUCUUUCUGAUAUUCUUCCCUAUUAUCACCUGCAGCAAUGCACUAGCUCAUCUUCAAAUGAUCCCAUUCCCAUCAAUGCCUUCUUCAAUUUCUCCAUCGCUGCUUCUCUUCACCGUCCUUGUAUCAGCGUGCGCCGCCGCCAAUCGCAGCGCCGAAAACCUAGCCGAGAUCCAGGCACUUCACUCUUUCAAGCUCACUCUUCACGACCCGCUUGGCUCCCUAUACGACUGGGACUUCUCUUCUCCCGCAGCUCCCUGUGACUGGAGCGGCGUUUUUUGUGACAAUGACCGCCGUGUCAGUAAACUCAUCCUUCCCCGGCGGCAACUCAGUGGUCCACUCACGCCCCAAAUUUCGGGCCUUCCCUUUCUACGGAAGCUCAGUCUCAGUUCAAAUUCCUUCAACGGCACUAUCCCUUCCUCAAUUUCCAAAUGUGCUCUCCUACAUUCUGUUGCGCUGCACUCCAACUCCUUCUCCGGGCCCCUGCCGCCUGAAAUUUCGAGGCUCGCCGGCCUGAAAAUUUUCAAUGUCGCCGACAACAAGCUCUCUGGCGGAAUUCCGGUGGACCUCCCGCAGGGUGUCAUCUUCUUCGAUCUUUCAGCGAACUCCUUCUCCGGAGAGAUACCCAGAAACAUUUCAAGCCUCUCUCAUCUCCAGUUCCUUAACCUCUCUGCGAAUCGACUUUCAGGCGAGAUUCCGGUGGGCUUAGGUCAGCUCCAACAACUUCAGUACCUAGGACUUUCGUACAACAAUUUGAAAGGGACUCUUCCGUCUGCAAUCGCCAACUGUUCGUCACUGGUCAAUCUGAACGCCCAAGGAAAUGAAAUCAGCGGUGUCAUUCCGGCUGCCAUUGCUGCUCUUCCGAAGCUUCAGGUGAUAUCACUAACGCACAAUAACCUCUCCGGUUUGUUACCAAUUUCCAUGUUCUGCAGUGUUUCGGUAUAUCCUCCAUCCAUUCAGGUCGUCCAGUUAGGGUUUAAUGCCUUCACGGAUAUUGUACCACCCGAAUCUUUUCCAUGUUUAUCUGCUUUACGAAUUUUGGAUAUUCAACAGAAUCUCAUUCACAGCAAUUUCCCCGUGUUUUUGACAAACAGUUCUGCAUUAACUUCCAUAGAUAUUUCUGGCAACUCUUUCUACGGUACUAUCCCUGGUUCCAUUGGAGAGAGUUUUCCUCUGCUGGAGGAAUUAAGAAUGGCUAAUAACUCGUUUGAGGGUGUCAUUCCUGUUGAGAUCACACAUUGCAUUAGUCUGAAGAUCCUGGAUCUGGGAGGAAAUCACUUGACCGGAAACAUUCCUGCAUUCUUAGGGCAGCUAAGAAACUUAACAAGCUUGUCUCUUGGUAGAAAUAAGUUCUAUGGCUUAAUUCCUUCAAGUUUUGGUAAUCUUAGUCAUCUAGUGAAUCUGGACUUGGGAGGUAAUGCCCUCUCUGGAAGGUUGCCCGAGGAGUUAAUGAGAUUAAGCAAUUUAAGCACACUGGACCUCAGUUCAAAUAAAUUCUCUGGAAGUAUUCCUGUGAGCUUCGGAAACCUACAAGAGCUAUCUGUGCUGAACUUGAGUGGCAGUGGGUUUUCUGAUAGAAUUCCUGCAAGUAUUGGCAGUCUUUACAAGUUAAAAGUUCUUGAUUUGAGUAGACAACGUUUAUCUGGAGAACUGCCGUUUGAUCUUUAUGGUCUGCCUAGUCUUCAAGUGAUUGCAUUGCAAGAGAACAGUUUAUCUGGUGAAGUUCCUGAAGGUUUCAGUAGCUUAUUGGGUCUGGAGUAUUUGAACCUAUCUAGUAAUUCAUUCUAUGGUCCCAUUCCCCCCACUUUUGGUUUCUUGAAGUCAUUACUCGUUCUUUCAUUGUCUAACAAUAAAGUGUCUGGUUCAAUCCCUCCUGAGUUGGGUAAUUGUCCUGUUCUUGAAGUUCUUGACUUGCAUUUGAAUUUGUUGACUGGAAAAAUCCCCACAGAUCUUUCUCAUCUCUUGCAUUUGAAGGUCCUUGAUUUGGGCCGGAACAACCUAACAGGUGAAAUCCCAUUAAACAUCUCGAGUUGUUCAUCCCUUACUUCGCUAGUUCUGGACUCAAACCAUCUUUCAGGCCACAUACCGGACUCACUGUCCAGCUUGUCCAACUUAAUGAUCAUUGAUCUCUCGAAUAACAACUUGACGGGAGAGAUUCCUUCUGUUUUAGCCUCCCGUUUUACGAAUCCUUCCUAUUACAGGGGAAAUCGAGGUUUGUGUGGUAAACCCUUGGCCAGUAAAUGUGAAGUGGGCAGUGAUCGCAAACGGAAUAAUAAUAGUCUGGUUAUGUUUAUAGCAAUAGGUGCAAUUGGAGCUCUUCUCCUAGCAUCAUGCUGUUGCUUCUACAUCUAUGCCUCAAUGAGGUGGCGCAAUAAGGUCACUCUGAAGGAAGCCGCAGGUGGGGAGAAGCCAGGUCCCGCGAGGGUUAGCUGUGCACGCCUCAGCAGCGAGAGUGGGCCAAAGCUUGUGAUGUUCAAUGACCGGAUCACAUUGGCCGAGACCGUCGAGGCGACAGGUCAGUUUGACGAGGAGCAUGUGCUGAGCAGGACAGGGCCUGGCGUGGUUUUCAAAGCGUGCUAUGAUGAUGGGACGGUGCUCUCAGUCCGUCGGCUUCCUCCAAAUGGCCCUCGGCCCGAUGAAAACACAUUCAGGAAAGAGGCAGAGGCACUGGGGCGGGUGAGGCAUAGGAACCUCACAGUUCUCCGCGGGUACUAUGCAGGCCCGCCUGAUGACCUCAGGCUCCUUGUGUAUGACUACAUGCCGAACGGAAACCUUGCAACGCUCCUCCAGGAGGCGUCCCACCAAGAUGGUCACAUCCUCAAUUGGCCGAUGCGCCACCUCAUUGCGCUAGGGAUUGCCCGCGGUCUUGCUUUCCUUCAUGCGACAUCAUCCAUCGUCCACGGGGACGUCAAGCCACAAAACGUGUUGUUUGAUGCGGACUUUGAAGCCCAUCUUUCGGAUUUCGGUCUAGACAAGCUGACAGUAGCCGCGCCAUCAGUCAUCCCAUCAACAUCAACUGGGGGUGGUGGGACACUAGGCUAUGUAUCACCUGAAACGGCACUAACGGGUGAGGCCACACGAGAAUCAGACGUGUAUAGCUAUGGGAUUGUGUUGCUUGAGCUUCUUACCGGGAAAAGGCCGGUGAUGUUCAUGGAGAAUGAGGAUAUUGUGAACUGGGUGAAGACGCAAUUGCAGCGAGGCCAAAUUUCGGAGCUUCUAGAACCGGGGUUGUUGGAGUUGGAUCCUGAAUCAUCUGAAUGGGAGGAAUUCUUGUUGGGGAUAAAAGUGGGAUUGCUUUGCACGGCGCCGGAUCCACAAGGCCGGCCCACCAUGACGGACGUCGUGUUCAUGCUUGAAGGUUGCCGGCAUGAACCAGACAUCCAUUCAUCAGGCAAUCCUACCGCCUGCCAACCUUCACCCACCGCCUGAACUGCAUUCGCAAAGUAGUGCCAGAAGAAGCCAAAAAAAUGCGACAAAAGAGUGCUACUGUAGUAUUAGUUUUCAAUUUGACCGUUGAAUGUUGUUCCAAAUUGCAUUUAUUCUAUUUUGUCUGGAGGUUUUAAUUUAAAUGGAAAAGCAAGCCGCGCGGCGUGUGGAACAGGACA